CCGAUCGCCUCGCUAGCUGGCUGGCUGGCUGGCGCUCCCCAGCCGGAGACGGGCAGGAGGACGGACGCGCAUCCGAGGGGCCGGGCCGGAGAGGAUCGGCUGGCGGCGUCGGGCGGCCGCGCUGCUCCCUCCCCUAUUGUCUCGGCUCGGCCCGGGACUGGCCCGGGCUGCCGCCGCCGCCGGGGCACAUCAGGAUCGCGGCGCCAUGGUGGCCCGGAGCACGGACAACAUCGAUACAACGGGAGAGGGACAAGUCCGCUCACUGGGGAAUGCAAGCAGUAACAUCAAGGGGAAGCCAACCAAGAGACUUUCCAUCACACGAGGCCACUUCCCCAAGCUGACCGAGUGUGCUCAUUUCCACUACGAAGCUCUUGACUUUGGACACAUCGAGCUGCAGCUUGCACCCGAGCAGAAUGAGAAUCUCAGCCACUUGGAGGAGGGAGAGGUGCUGUUUGAUGUGCAGGUCACCUGCCAGGGAAAGAGCUGGCAGGUGCACCGCAAUUACGAGGAAUUCCGUACCUUGGAUGCUCACCUCCACUGCUGCAUCUUCGACAGGCGCUUCUCUCAGCUUCCCGAAUUGCCGCCCCUCAGUCACAUGCGGGCCCACCCUGAGCUGCUGGUGCCCAUGCUUUCACAGUACCUGGAGAAGCUGUCAGCCAUUGUGGACAGCAACAUCAACUGUGGACCAGUCCUCACCUGGAUGGAGAUUGAUAACCAUGGCAACCGACUGCUGGUCAAUGAGGAAGCUUCUAUCAAUGUUCCUGCCAUUGCAGCUGCCCAUGUGGUAAAACGCUACACGGCGCAGGCAUCCGACGAGCUCUCCUUUGAGGUUGGAGACAUCAUCUCUGUGAUUGAUAUGCCCCCCAAGGAGGACAGGAGCUGGUGGCGGGGAAAGCAUGGAUUCCAGGUGGGGUUCUUCCCCAGCGAGUGUGUGGAGCUGUUCUCAGAGCGCCCCAGCCCAGGACUCAAAACAGAUGCAGAAGGGAUGAGCUGUGGCAUCCCUGGGCCCCCAGGCCUCCUCUCUCCAACCUCAGUGUCCAAGAAGCAUGGCAAGCUCAUCGGGUUCCUUCGCACUUUUAUGAAGUCCAGGCCCAGCAAGCAGCGCCUGAAGCAGCGUGGGAUCCUCCGAGAGAGGGUGUUUGGCUGCGAUUUGGGCGAACACCUCAAGAACUCAGGCAACGAUGUCCCCCAGGUCCUGCGGUCCUGCUCUGAUUUCAUUGAGAAGCAUGGCAUUGUGGAUGGCAUCUACCGUCUCUCUGGAGUCUCCUCCAACAUCCAACGGUUGCGGCACGAGUUUGACAGUGAGCGAGUCCCCGAACUCUCUAGGGACGUCUACUUACAAGACAUCCACUCUGUCAGCUCUCUCUGCAAGCUGUACUUCCGGGAGUUGCCAAACCCGCUGCUCACCUACCAACUCUACAACAAGUUUGCUGAAGCCGUGUCUGUUUCUGGGAACGAGGAUCGCUUGGUGCGAGUGCACGACGUCAUUCAGCAGCUGCCCCCACCGCACUAUAGGACCCUGGAAUUCCUGCUGCGGCACCUGGCCCGCAUGGCUAUGCACAGUCAAAACACCAGCAUGCAUAUCCGCAACUUAGCCAUCGUUUGGGCACCCAACCUGCUGCGGUCGAUGGCUCUGGAGGUUGUUGCACAGUGCGGAGCUGAUGCCUUCCAGGAAGUCCGAGUCCAGUCCCUCGUGGUCGAAUUCCUCCUCAACAACGUUCAGGUGCUCUUCAGUGACACUUUCACCUCCGUCGGCAAGGACAGCGCAGGGCGCUGCUUCCUUCCCCGACCCAAAUCCCAGGUGGUCAGCUGCCCCUCCACCCGGUUGCUGUCCCUGGAAGAAGCACAGGCACGGACCCAGGCCUUAUGCAAGGCUACCAAGCCAGAGGCUAAGCAGGGAUCCAACAAUCUGCAGGUGCAAGGGAAACUUUCUUCUGUGUUGAGCUCACCUGACACCAGGCAAAAGGCAGAAAGUAAUGGGAGGCUGCGGAAGACGUCAGGUCCUAGCUGGAAGGCCUUCUUUGCCAUUGGCAAAACACCAGUCACAUUUCGCAAGAAAUCACACCGCCUUGGAGACCUUUUUGGGCUUGGAGAGUCUCUGCCAGGGGGCCAGCCUGAGACUGUCACCCUGCGAUCAGCCAAGAGCGAGGAGUCCCUGACAUCGCAGGCCAGUAUUGCAGGCCUCCCCAAGCUGCCCUGCCUGCGACGUCCACACUCCAGCAGCGAUGCCUUCCCUACCCUCAAGCCGUGCCGCUCAUGCUCUUCUCUGGGCUCCUCCGUGUCUGGCCGCGGCGAGGGUGUGGCAGCUGGGGCGGCAGAUGUGGCCGCCCGGCGCCGCUCCUCCUGGCUGGAAGGUGACUCGGAGCUGGACUCGGAGCUGGAGCUCAGCCCCCCCGGCCUCCGCGGCCUGGACUUCGACCCGCUGACCUUCCAGUGCACCCCGGCUCGGCGGCCCUCGCUCUCGGACGACUCCGGACCUCCGAGCCCUGGGCGGGUGCUCUCUCCCUGCUCGCCCCCAACGAUCGGCAAGGAUACGUCAGAGCCGCUGCUCUCCCUCCCCGAAGAGAUGCUGGAGAUGUUUGCCGGGGGUGAGGCCAGGGGCCCCGGCGGGCCUGCCUCUCCGCCGCACAUGAUCUCAAUGCUGCUGUGUGCUGCUGGCGGGCAGCUGAGCGACAGCUGCGAGCGUGAAGUCCGCUGCAAGAUCACGCAAGCCAAAGGCCGCACGUCGCCACUCAGUCCGAAGGCCGAAGCAGCUCUCAACUCCCCCGGCGUGCUGUCCGUGCUGCGGCACAUCCCCCCGCCGCCUCCCCCCAAGAACCCAGCUCGGCUGAUGGCGCUGGCGCUGGCCGAGAGCGCCCACCAGGCGGCGCUGCAGCAGAAGCGCCAGAAGCAGGCUGGUCGCGGGCAGCGAGAACGGACACAUUUCCGACGCUCCCUGUCACUGGAGUGCAAGGCGGGAGAGGUGACGAGUGGAGCGCGGGCGCUCUACUCCAUGGUGCGCCCCAGCCCCAAGGCCCCUGGUCCCCCGGCCCUGCAAGGGCCAGGCCAGGGGCAGGAGCUCGGCAGCCAGUGCCGCAGCCGCCAGGGGGGAAACCAGGUGCCUCUCAGCCAGGCGUCCCCCCGAGCCUCAGAUUCCUUUUCCCCCUACCGGAGGGUCCUUGCUGACCUUGCCCAGAGAGACCACCCGUCGCAUUCCUUCUCGGAUCCCUACCACCUUUCCUCCCCGUCUCCUGCCUCACCAGCUGCCUACAGCUUCCGCCACCAUCCACCUCCCCUGUCUAUGCCCUGCCCUGCCCCCCGCCAGCCUCUAGAUGCCUACCCCUUGCCCAGCCAGCCUCUUGCCCCGCCAAAGCCCCCGCCUCCUCUGCACUUCCCCUUAGCCGCCGGCCACUUGCCCCUCAAGAGCAGGCCGCCUGCUUUCCAGGCCUACCUCCCGGACCACCAGGUCCGGCACCACGGCCGUUUCAGCCUCCCCCCAGGUGGGGGUCAACGGGACCCCCCUCCUCCCCAGCUGGAGCACGAGAAUCUCUACUAUGAGAUUGUGGGGGAGCCUCCGGCGUACCCGGGCCUGGCACGGCCCUGGCCUUCCUGCCCUCCCCCAGAGUACUUGGCCACCUUCAACGCUUCUUAUGGGGUUUUCGAGCGUCCGUGGCGCCAGCCCCUCCUCCCUCCAGCCCCCUCCUCCCUCCAGCCCAUCUUAAAGAACCCCCGGGCACACGCCCAGCCCAUGCCUCCCGUGAUGGCCCGCCAAGAGCCCAUCUACGUCAACAUACCCUUCCCUGAGCCCACCACCACCACCACCCCUCCACCCUCCCCACCACCUGAAGCAGCACACCCCCGGUGCCACUCCGACCCCGGAGCCCCCCAGCCUCUCUCACACCACAGCAGACCUCCGUUGCCUCAGAAGCAGAGGCUCGGCUGGGGGUACCCCGCCACGGGGCAGUACCGCCACCUCAUGGAUGCUUUGCCGUGCAGCCGUACGUUGUUGCAGCUCUACCGCCCGCCUCCGGCCUGCUGGGGCCGCUCCCCCUACGGCCCAGAGCCCAUCAUCACCUACGAUGGACCCCCUGCCCGCCCAGGGAGCCAGGCCUCAGCACCCACCUCGUCUCUACAAAAGCGUGAGUCUCCGCCGCAGUACGGCAACGUGGAGAGGAGGGAGGGGUCUCCGUCUGGGUGCUACCUGGGGCCCAGCUGGACUGUGUACACAGAGGGCCAGACGCACAGCUACUGCUGAGAAGGCCGCGAGCCUUGGAUUCUCGGGGCUGGGCUCCGGGUCCUUGCCCCCUCCUCUUCCCCACCGGUGUUUAUGGAAUUCUAUUGUGGUACUGUUUGCUGUGGGGAUGGUGUGGGGGGGAG